UGACCAAUGAGGUUUUUUCCAUCUUAUUUUCUUCCCCCUGCUGAGGGGGGAGUGAUAGAGCAGGUUGGUGGACACCAGGCAUCCAGCCAAGGUCGACCCGCCACACGUCACCUGUAAUAGGCAUUUGGGAGAUGAAGAGGUAGUGAUCACCAAUGGAAAAAGUAAAUUUUUUGCUAAGCUGCACAAUGGGAUAAAAGUAACUUUUUUUCAGAUGACAGUCAUAACCUUACAUACCAGAACAUCCCUCUCUUCGAUGCUGCCAUCGUAUUUCCAUCAUUUACAGUACAAGAGUUGGGAAUGUACAGAUGUCGCCUCAUUUCCCGCAUAGCUUUGCUUUGCUCCCUGACCAUCGGCCAUCCUGUGCACAAAGUGAGGCAGAUUUCUGUGGAAAAGACAGUGUCUGGCUGUAAGUUAAAGUUGGUGUUGGCAGAAGGUGUACACAGGCUGCCGUAGCCAACCUUUGCAGUUACUGCUUAGCUUGAUCCACAGCACAGCCUGGAGCUAACACGCUGUGUGGGAGCAGGGAGUUAUGUCCCCCCUCCAGCAGACCAGCCUCUGAAGGGGAGCGACAUCAGAAGUGUUUGUUGGUAGCAAAGGUUUUGUCUAUGUCCUCUAAACCAGUACCUUCACGGUUGUAGACCGCUUCAUCCCAUCUUUCACUAGCACAUUUCUUCACAGCCUCCUCCUUCAUCCUCUCUUCUGCUUCUUCUAAUUCCUUCCUCAUCUCAAGUGCCAACAAACAUUGGCAGUAGGUGGAAGACUCUUCUGAUCUGUGUUUUGCUGCAACUUCAGCCCCCGGGUUGCCACAACAGAUCGGUCAGUAUUCCUGGGUUUGGAUUUCCUCGUUCUGUGCAAAUAAUUGCACGUCUGCUCUGGUUGGCAAUAAGAGCUUGUGGAACUGGGAGGGCACAUGGGACAAAUGGGAUCUUGACUGAAGGACACAGCCAACUGCUAGUGUCUGCUGGGCUGGUGCACAUGGAGAUGGCCAGGAGCUGAUCAACGUGGAUUUUCCUGGAGGUAGUUUGAGAUCAUGGGAGGCCCUUGGGCAGCUGUGCAGAGGAAAACGUUAAAAGAAGCAAAGGCACCAGAAGAAGCGAAGUUUGCUGUUCUUUAAUGACUGAACAAGUCUUGUUCCAGUCUGCCACAAAAAAAAAAAAAAAAAAAAAAUUAGGGAGACCUCAGUCUGUACAGUUAGCAGUUGACAAGGCAAUAGGAUACCUCUUUCAUCUGCAGGUAAUGGAAGGCAUUAGGUAACCCUAGCAGUGGUUGUGGGAAGUUUGCGGUCAAAACUUGACCAGGCGAUGUGCACCUGAGGGCAGAACCUUGUGGCAGAGUUACUGGGCAGCUGUGUCUGGAAGCACCAGGUCCACAGUAGAUGUACACAGUGAAAAUCCGUCGGGGAAAUCCCUCUGGGUGCAGUGGUGGGCAGCACCAGCCUUGGAACUCCCUGGCAGCUAGGCACAGUUGCAAGGAAUCAGGUUACUGGUGCGCAGCAUGAAGUGCAAGUUAUUGUCAAACAAGCAAGCACUAUGUAAAAUCCAUUAGUAUAAAACCUCAUGAAGAUGUUUUAAGCUGAGUGGGUUUACUUGCAAAUGCAGCUGGCUCCCAGCACCUGCACAGACAGCGGGUCUCGGCUGACGUGGUGUCUCGCUAAGCUGCGGUAACGGAGUUGUUUGCAAUUAUGCGACCAUGCUCUCACACCAAAGGACUUGUGUGGAGUAUUCCAUGUAUCGGGUGAUGUUAAGGAUGUUGGUUUUAGCAGAUAAAACUACUGUCUUUUCCUCAUCUUAAUUUUUUUUUUCAAGCAGGGUGUUUCACUUUUGAAUCAGGAGAAUAAGCCCUUUGAACCGCUGUAAGAUACUGUUAUAACGCAGGCAUCGUGAAUUUGGUGUGAUCCAGAUGUUUUGAAUCUGGUGGGGGUUUUUUCUCCUCCUUUUGUUGAAGUUUGUCUGCUUCUUCAAAGGUUCAGUCCCAUAGUCCUCUUUUCUAUCCAAGGAUGUUGAAGAUAACUUCAGGUUACUUUAGAAUUCUUGUGACCUCCUGGUUAACUGAAGCCCUCGGCAGACUCCGGUGUCCCCAGUGGUCUGGUUGUCGAUGUUGUUCAGAAACUUCCAGUGUUGCUCUACUUCUGGUGCGUUUCCUAUGCCAGGGGUUGUACUGGUUCAGCAUAGGUUUUCCCAGUAUCUGCCAGCAGCUGGCAAUCCUCUUGUUCAGCAAAGUGGACAGCCGCUAAUCCUUACCCAGAACCCGACCUCAGGUCUGGGCACAAUGGUAACUCAGCCAGUAUUACGACCUGUGCAGAUCAUGCAGAAUGCCAAUCACGUCACAAAUUCUCCAGUGACCAGCCAGCCCAUCUUCAUAACAACCCAGGGAUUUCCCGUGAGGAAUGUCCGGCCUGUACAAAACACAAUGAACCAAGUUGGAAUUGUUCUGAACGUACAGCAAGGUCAGACAGUUAGACCCAUCACCCUCGUCCCAGCCCCAGGUACCCAGUUUGUUAAACCGGCAGUUGGCGUUCCUCAGGUGUUCUCUCAAAUGGCCCAGGUGAGACCAGGUACAACCAUGCCGGUCCGACCCACCACCAACACUUUCACUACGGUCAUUCCGGCCACGCUUACCAUCAGGAGCACUGUACCACAGUCCCAGGCACAACAGCAAAGUAAGUCCACUCCCAGCACCUCCACAACUCCUACUGCAUCGCAGCCAACAACACUGGGACAGUUAACUGUGCAGCAGCCAGGGCAGUCCAGUCAAGCUACUAACCCCAAAUUAGUGAGCAUCGCAAGCUUUGUGACCGUAAAGAGACCUGGAGUGACCGGUGAGAACAGCAAUGAGGUUGCUAAACUAGUGAAUACCCUGAACACCAUUCCUUCGUUAGGACAGAGCCCUGGCCCGCUGGUGGUUUCCAACAGCAGCCCUGUGCACGGUUCCCAGAGAUCUAGUGUUUCAGAGUCGUCGUCGUCAUCAAAAGUCAGUUCUUCUCCUAUUCCCACGUUUGAUUUGCAAGAUGGUGGCAGGAAGGUCUGCCCAAGAUGUGACGCUCAGUUUCGAGUCACUGAAGCUUUAAGAGGGCAUAUGUGUUACUGCUGCCCUGAAAUGGUUGAAUUCCUCAAGAAAAGAAAAUCUCUAGAAUCUGAACCAAAUAUUCAGUCUGCAAAGCCUCCGUCUCCAGAAAAAACUACAGCUGUUGCUUCACCACCCUCUUCUACUCCUAUCCCUGCACUGUCCCCACCUGCUAAAGCUCCAGAGCCAAGUGAAAACGCAGUUGACUCAUCCCAAAGCAAGCUCAUCAUGUUAGUAGAUGAUUUCUACUACGGCAGAGAUGGUGGCAAAGUGAGCCAGCUACUGAACUUCCCCAAGGUCCCAACUUCCUUCAGGUGUCCACACUGCACCAAGAGGCUAAAGAACAACAUACGAUUUAUGAAUCACAUGAAGCACCACGUUGAACUGGAUCAGCAGAAUGGAGAGGUAGAUGUCCACACCAUCUGUCAGCAUUGUUACAGACAGUUCCUUACUCCGUUCCAGCUACAGUGUCACUUGGAGAAUGUCCAUAGUCCCUAUGAGUCAACAACAAAGUGCAAGAUUUGCGAAUGGGCAUUUGAGAGCGAGCCAAUGUUUCUGCAGCACAUGAAGGACACUCACAAGCCUGGGGAGAUGCCCUAUGUUUGUCAGGUCUGUCAGUAUCGUUCCUCACUCUAUUCUGAAGUGGAUAGCCAUUUCCGAAUGAUCCACGAAGACACGCGGCACCUGCUCUGCCCUUACUGUCUCAAAGUCUUUAAGAACGGCAACGCUUUCCAGCAGCACUUCAUGAGGCAUCAGAAGAAGAGUGUUUAUCAUUGCAACAAGUGUAGACUCCAGUUCCUAUUUGCCAAGGAUAAAAUAGAACACAAGCUGCAGCACCACAAAACUUUCCGGAAGCCCAAACAAUUAGAAGGAUUGAAACCUGGAACCAAGGUUACAAUCAGGGCAUCUAGAGGACAGCCACGGACAGUGCCAAUAUCGUCAAAUGACAUGCCGCAGGGCACUGGACAGGAAACCACUCCGCUGUCAUCUUCUACCGAUCCCCAGCCCAUCUUCCUGUACCCGCCUGUCCAGAGGAACGUCCAGAAGAGAGCGGUCAAAAAAAUGAGCGUCUUGGGGAGGCAGACUUGUCUGGAGUGCAGCUUCGAAAUCCCCGACUUCCCAAACCACUUUCCCACCUACGUGCACUGUUCGCUGUGUCGUUACAGUACCUGCUGCUCCAGAGCUUACGCCAACCACAUGAUCAACAACCAUGUUCCCCGGAAGAGUCCAAAAUACUUGGCUUUGUUUAAAAACUAUACUGCCUGUGGUGUAAAGCUGUCCUGUUCCUCUUGUCUCUUUGUAACAUCUGAGGGUGAUGCAAUGGCCAAACAUCUGGUCUUCAAUCCAUCACACGAGUUUAGUAACGUUAUUUUCCGAGGGCCUACUUGGAUAUCACAUUCCAGGCACAUUCAGCUCCAGGACAAAAGCAUGAAGAACACAUGCCCUACCUAUUCCCUAAGUAAAGCUGCUACUGUGAAAACAAAGUCCGUGCUACCUGCGAAAGGUGACCUGGAGCCUGAACUGGCACCAGCAGCCUACAACAGACCUCUGGUCUGCCAGGAAGAGGAGUGCUUAAAUAUUGAUGCUCAAGAAGAUGAGCAGCCAACAAAAGAGCCUGAGCCUGCAAGCAAAAAGGAGCAGCUGUCAGUAAAAAAGCUGCGAGUUGUACUGUUCGCUUUGUGCUGCAACACGGAACAGGCUGCGGAGCACUUCCGAAAUCCUCAGAGGCGGAUCAAGCGCUGGCUACGAAGGUUUCAAGCUUUCCAAGAAGAGAACUUGGCAUCCCUGUCAGAGGGCAAGUACCUCAGCCUAGAGGCUGAAGAGAAGCUAGCGGAGUGGGUCCUCACGCAGAGAGAGCAGCAGCUGCCUGUGAACGAGGAGACUCUCUUCCAGAAGGCCACCAAGAUUGGCCGAUCCCUCGAGGGCGGCUUCAAGAUCUCCUACGAGUGGGCGGUGAGGUUCAUGCUGCGGCACAACCUCAGCAUGCACACGCGGAGGGCCGUGGCCCACCCUCUCCCCAAAGAUGUAGAGGACAACGCCAGCUGCUUCAUCGAGUUCGUGCAGCGGCAGAUCCACACUCAAGACCUGCCCCUCUCCAUGAUCGCGGCCAUCGACGAAAUCUCUCUCUUCCUCGACAUGGAGGUGCUGAGCAGCGACGAUCGGAAGGAGAACGCCUUGCAGACGGUGGGAACUGGGGAGCCCUGGUGCGACGUUGUCCUUACGAUCCUUGCUGACGGGAGCGUUCUCCCAACGCUGGUCUUCUACCGGGGUCACGUACAGCAGCCCGCCAACGUGCCGGAAUCUAUCAUGUUGGAAGCAAAGGAGAACGGAUACAGCGACGAUGAAGUCAUGGAGUUGUGGUCGUCCAGAGUGUGGCAGAAGCACACGGAGUGCCAGAACAGCAAGGGCAUGCUCGUGCUGGACUGUCACCGAACGCACCUAUCCGAGGAAGUACUUUCCUUGCUGAGUGCCUCCAGCACUCUGCCGGCUGUUGUCCCUGCCGGCUGCAGCUCCAAAAUCCAACCUCUGGAUGUUUGUAUAAAAAGGACUGUGAAAAAUUUCUUGCAUAAAAAGUGGAAAGAGCAAGCCAAGGAAAUGGCGGACUCCACGUGCGACUCGGACAUUCUUCUCCAGCUGGUUUUGUGCUGGCUGGCAGAGGUCCUGGAGGUCAUUAGUGACUCUCCUGAACUUGUGCAGCAGUCCUUCCUGGUGGCCAGCGUGCUGCCCGGGCCGGACGGCACGGCCAACUCGCCCACGCGCAACGCCGACAUGCAGGAGGAGCUGAUUGCCUCUCUGGAGGAGCAGCUGAAGCUGAACGAGGAGCAGCAGGAGGCGGCGGCAGCCGAGGUCCAGGAUCGGACCCAGGCCGAGGAAUCUGCAGACCCAGAAAUCCUCCAUCAGCUCUUCGAAGGCGAAAGCGAGACUGAAUCAUUUUAUGGCUUUGAAGAUGCUGAUUUGGAUCUGAUGGAAAUCUGAGCACUGCUCUGUGAAUCGUGAUCCUGAAAGGGUUAUUUUUUAAAUAAAUGUUGGAUGAGACCAUUACACUUCCCUGUGGAUUUGUGGGUUUAGGAAAUUCGUAGGCGAUCACUCAGAUAAAUAGCCAUUUAUGCUGUUCAUUUAUAAGUUUUGUGCUUUUUUAAAAGAAAAAUCACUGUGUUGGUAUUUUCUGAAAAUAUAUUGUGGGUGAAUAUUUUUGCGUUUUCUUUACCUCACUUGUAUCAUAGUUUUCUGUUUUUAUUGUGCAGAAAUGUUUUGAAUUAUACAUUGUCAAUGUGACCAUUUCUAAAGAAAGGAAAAAAAAAUAUGUAGCUAAUGAACCAGUAUAUAAAUCUCUUUGGUUGUCUUAACACAGGUUUUUUUUUUUUUCUUUUUUUUUAACACUUGACCCAGAGAUUUAGGUUUCUGUGGAAAAUUUAGGUAUGAAUUACUGCUCUAAUGUGUGAACCUUCUAUAAUUGGCCAUUAAGAUUUGGGUUUGGUUUCGUUUUUUGUUUUGGGUUGGGUUGGGUGGGGUUUUUUUUGGUUUGGGGGGGGGUAUUGGUUUGUUUUUUGUUUGUUUUUUUUUUUUUUUUCUAAGAAGAGUAAUUAUUUUGCUUGUGAAUUUGGACGCAGGGUAAAAACACAAGCAAAAGCAUUUUGCCUGUUCAGUGCCAGCGCCGCUUCUUGGGAGCCACGACACUUUGAACUGGGGUUGGACUGCGAUCCGGGGUCAGGGAGUCAGGGACAGUGCCGACCCAAACCUCUCGCUUUCCCGGUGACUUUCUGACACGGUGCAGUGGUUCCUCUCCUCCACCCGGGAAACCACCUGGCACCCACCUUGCUCCAAAGAAUUACUGACAGAGGGUACAUGGUGGAAGAGGAAAGUCAAGUCUGUCUUGAUCUUCCUGUACAGUAGAUGGGAGUUAAAACUGUACGGACCAUUAAACGUUGACCUUUUAACUACCAGUAGUUGAUAAACCUGCUUUAACCAGUGGCAUCAGACACUACGUUCCUUAGAAUUAGAAAUCUGGUUUAAUGAAACAAACUGUGAUGUGCACAAAAAAAAAAAAAAAAGAAGACCUUUGUUUUUAUUUUUCACUGCCAGCUUAAAUUUUUCUACAAUUUGCAUGUUUGAGGGUUUUUUAAUUGUAUGUAUUAUGGUAUAAACGGAAAGCAUUUUGACAUACAGAAUUCAGAAGCACCUGCACCUUUCUGUUUCCAUAGAGGUUUUGUGAACCUUCCCUAUUACCCAAGGAAAGCAGGAGGCAGCAUGUGCAGACCUGUAAAUGGUUCAUCUUUAAAAUGUACAUAAGUGGAACAUUUAAUAAAACCAGGGAAAUGGA